AUUAAGUGGUGAUUUGAAACAGGCCCACAUAAAUACUACCUCCCAGCAGCACACACAUGCAGAGCGAGCAGCUUCAGGGCAGUCGGGCUACUGUGACUUUGACAUACAGAAAUGGCUUGUGGAGUUCAUUUGGGGAUUGUGCUGGUUGUCCUUGCUCAAACAGAGUAUGUACGCUGUUUAUGGUCUACACAAGGUCAAAGUUCCCAGAGACAGAACAGCAAUGGCUAUGUUGGCCUCUUGCAACAGGAAAGUGGACUUUUUAGACUCAGUGCCAGCAAUCCCCAGAAUGAACUCAGACAGGCCUCUGUUUCUCAAGGUCUGACCCAGAACAGCGGCCUCAACACACAGGCUGCAGGCAGCAGAGCUUAUAGCCAAGGACACUCCAGUAACAGCUACUCUCAGACUCUGUCACAGCCGUCUCAGAGUGUCAGGUUGGUGCAGACUAACUCUGUGUCAAAGCCUAACUGGCAGAAAGCAAAGACAAAGCAUGUAAAUGAGCCUAAGAAGCCUUUCUUUGGCCUGUCUACUGCUAUUGCUAGUGGAAGUUCUGUGAGUAAGUAUGAUGACAGCAAGAAGAAGACUUGGCCAGUUCAGCAGAAAACACAGAGCUCUAGCAGAUAUCCAUCCAGCAGGUCUGCAUCCUCUCAGAGUCCAUCCAGCAAACACUCCUACCGGUCACCUGUACAGAAAGCUCCCGGUGCUGCAGCUCAAUCAUCAGCCUACUUCGCACAAGGAGGCUAUCCUCGCUCUCCAAAGUCAGCCAGUCUGUUUAGCCCAAGAGCCCCUUCAUCACAGAGGCCCCUUGUACAGAUGCAGACCUCAGCAACCGCCCCUGCUAGAAGAGUGUCUAUGCGUCAUCCCUCUAAGACCUCUCGACAGUCCAGUCAACAAAAUGCCCCUCUUAGCUUCCAAGCCCACUCUCGUAAUUCGCCGGCCUCCAGGAAUGGUGAGGGUCUGCGCUACUCUCCAACCACGAUCUACAGCAUUCCCAAGCGGUUUGGUGGUUUUGAGAUCAGACGGCUUAGAGAACCUGAUGUUCAGAAGGAAGCAAGUGCCAUGAAGCCCCAGCAGACCUACACCGCUUCUUCAGGGCACAGGGGGUCCUACAAACCUCAGGCCCAGAGCUUUACGCAGCAAGAGCAGACCUACAGUGCUCCAUCAGCACAGUCUGUGUCUUACAAACCUCAGGUCCAGAGUGUCAGAGAGCCAGCACAGACCUACACGGAUUACUCUGCACACAAAGUCUCUUAUAAACCUCAGGUCCAGACCAUCAGGAACCCACAACAGACCCACAUGGCUCCUUCCAAACCAUACCAAAGCUACGUGGCGCCAUCAGCACAGGCUGUGUCUUACAGACCACAGGCCCAGAGUGAAAGGAAGCCACAACCGGUCCAAAUGGCUCCGUCAGCACAGAUUGUGUCUUAUAAACCACAGGUCCAGAGUGUCCGCAAACCAGAGCAGACCUAUACAGCUUCUUCAGCGCACCAUGGGUCCUUCAAACCACAGGGGUACAGUGACUGGAAGCCACAACAGGCCCACAUGGCUCCUUCAGCGAGCUCUGUGUCCUACAAACCACAGCAGGCUUACUCUGUCUCGUCGGCACGUAGCGUGUUGUUCAAGCCACAGAGUCAGAGUGUCCUGCAGCCGGGGCAGACCCACUCAGGUCCAUCAGCACAGACUGGGUCCUACAAACCACAGGUCCAGAGCGUUCAACAGGAGGCCAGAUGGAAGAGUAACAUGCAGGACUGAUGCGCAGAUGCAGCAGGAGUCUUUGAAGAUGUUUUUGAAAAUAAAAUUAAUUUAAACUGG